UCAAAUUUCUUCUCUUUAUUCGUUUUAUAGGCAGCUAUGGAAAAUGUUUUCAAAGAAGUUGGCUAUGCUCAGGACGUCCUGAACUACAACAUAUCAAAAAUAGUGCAAACUGAAAGCAGGGCAUUCGUAGACUGUCAGAUAAAAAUCUUUCAGACAUUUCUUUACUGGGCAAAUCAAACGAUCACAGAGAAGGUGGGUCGUUGUGGGCCUGCAGCUGCAGCAGUAGACAGAUCAGAGGAGCUCGUCUGUAAACACUUGGUAGAAUCUUUGAAUGCCUUUUGGUUGAGUUUGGGCUGGUGUAUGAUGUUCCUGAUCCCCAGCAUCAUUUUCUCAGUUAAACUGGCCAAGUACUACCGCAGGAUGAAGUAUUCAGAUGCUUAUGAGAACAAUAACUUCAUGAUGAAUCCUUUCCCAAAGGCCCACCUCAAACCUGAAUUAUUGGGAAAUGGCAAACAACCACAUUUUACAUAAGCACAUAAAUAAAAAUGACUGUUAAGUUAUAAAAAUUUACCCACAGAUCAAUUAAUUGACAAGUAUAGACAAUGUUUAGCUUCUUUGUACCCCUUUCUUUGUUUUUAUUGCAGUAGAUUAUCAUAAAUUCACUUUGGAUCAAAUUAUUUUAGCUCUUGAUAUUUAAAUGAAAAGCACAACUUUACUGUUACAACUGUAAUAUGUUUUUGUAUUGUAAGGCAUUAAUGGGAGUUAAAGCUUUAGAACGCACUUUACGUGGUCCUGUAGGCAUUGAAAUUUAUUUAUGCCAUUUUUCAAUAAGAAAUAUGGGUAUGCUGUUAUAGAUAUACUGCUGGCAUAUAUUUUAUAUAAAACAACCUUUCUAUUAGAUUGUCCUAAUAAUGAAUUUAGCUCAUGAGUUACUGUGGAGACUGUGAUUGUAUAAACCAGCAAGAAGUGGCCUCUUUUUGAAGUGUUGUGCUCUGAGGCCUGUUAAACAUUUCUAUCUUAUGUCAUGUAUUAAUUACAAUCAUAAUAAAAGGUGCUGACACUACCAUGCUGAA